UUUCCGGUGUUACCUGUCUUCCUCUCAGGUUGACAAUUAAGGUUGGAGGGGGGAGGCAACCUUAAACGAUGUUCGCGCAUGCGUUUGGCCUAAUUGCAGGUAAGCUUGCGUUUGGAGACAAGGUUAAGGCGGGACUAGACGCGAUGUUGGCACAGGCGCCGCCAAAAACUGCCGGGCUGCCGGAGGUUGGAGGGGAGAAGUUCUCCAACUACGAUUUUCCCUUCGAGAACCUUGUGUUGGAAGGGGGAGGGGCCAAGACGAUCGCACACAUCGGAGCACUCAAGGUACUUGAGGAUGCAGGGCUUAUGGACCAGGUCCGCCGCCUGGCGGGAACCGGCGCAAGCGCAAUCCUGGCCGGCCUGGUGUCACUCGGCAUGACGUCAGAAGAAGUACUGGACCAACUGAGACAUGUGGACAUGGACGACACAGUCCUGGACGGACGUUGGUGGUUGCCAUGGAAAACCAAGUACGCGGGCAUGAUGUUCGACAUCCUCUUCAACUUCGGCGCAUGUCCGGGCACCAAGUUUCUCGACUGGUACGGACAGGUGAUCGAGAAACACCUGAAGAAGCUUGGAAUGCAGCACCUGGGGCUGGACAAGGACAUCACCUUUGCUCAGGUGUAUGAAGUGUUCCGGAAGGAGCUGUGUGUUGUGGUGUAUAACGUCCAGUUUGGGAGGGAGACCUACUGCCACGUCAAGACCACGCCUCUGCUCAAGAUCCGGGAGGCUGUGCGCAUGUCCAUAUCCACGCCAGUUGUGUUCGAGCCUUACACGCUGCCGGGCGGCCAUCUCCAGUACAUGGACGGAGGCCUGUACUCAAACUUCCCCAUCUACUGCUACGACGGCUGGUGGCUGUCCAUGGACAAAGAGAACACCUUCUUCCAGCGGAUGCGGAAGGAGGUGGACAAGGAUAAAGUCAGGCGGUUUUUCUACCCAGAAUACAAGCAGGAUCGCUUUAAGGGCGACCAGGAGACUAGAAAGAAGACUCUUGGUCUACUUCUGUUCUCGGAGAACGACCGUGAGCCGUACCAGGAUGACUUCCAGGCACGACUGGACAAGCUGGGCAGCGUGGACCCCUACUUCAAGAAGGAGAGACCUGACACGGAGAGAGCAAGAAAUUACACGAAACAACAAUGGGAGAGUAAGAAGACCCACGACGCUUCCAUCGCCAGGUUCAAGACCAUGCUGAAGCUGAAGGAAGAGAAGAUCGACGAAGUGUUGAAGCUUCCUCCAGAAGAAAGACUGGACCGUUUCCUGGAGCUCUUUACUGACGAGGAUAUAGCCGACAUCGCCACGACUCGGGAGGGCGCCUUCCAUGUUCUGUUCAUGGAUAGCAACGGCGAGAUAACGGACCAGAACGUCACCAACAUCUUUGAGAACUGGGCGGCGUUCCAGCUGACUCGUCAGGAGGUCCUGCGGGAGAAGCCGGUCAGCUCGCCGAGACAGCUGUACGGGCAGCUCAUGGACUUCAUCGGGAAGGGAAACGCUCUCAUGGAGGAUGACGUGAAAAGAUGUGUGGGUAUUGACGUGGACUAUGUGGACAUGCUGGACUUGGACCUGACCCUGGACGACCAAGCCUUUCUCAUGAAGCAAGGAGCGGCGGGAACGAUUGCUUUCCUGAGGCAAUACGUGGUGGACAACGACCUGUAACACGGCUUAAACAUCAAUUCACAUGGAACAACCGUGUCAACGUUAACAUGCGAAUAUCUCUUUUUGUGAUGUUAGUUUCGUUUAUUCAUUUAAUUCCGGCACCUGACCCAUACAUAUAUCAGAGAGAGGAAUUGGUGUGAAUAUAAGAUACUUUCAGUGUCCUGUGUCCUAGUAGGUUGUACAAGUAAAAAUUAAAAAUGCAGUGGUUCACCCCACUGCGUCGAAGGUCUUCUUUAAAGACGCCAUAUUUGUGAGUGAGCUUUUCUUUGUUUAUUCUCAUCGGCAUGGUCCUACAUGGAGUCGGCGUUUGGACUAACGUAGGGGGACGGGGUAAUCACAUGACCCCUAUACAAUGAUGUCAUCAGAUGUCAUCUCUGAUUAGCAUAAAAGCAUACCCGUGGCGCCUUUCCUUGGGGACGCUCCACACAAAAGGAAAUCAACACACGUUAAUUUGAUGAAACCCCUGGAACUUUAUAAAGUUGGAUAUAGGGAACAAGCACACAUGUGUUAUUCACUUUUUUUUUUAAAUUGAGAAAUUGGGACAACCGACUUUUGGUAUGCCCACUAUACUAAGGUCUACUCACGGGACUUAGAACGGUUUUCAGCACCAAGGACAGUUCUGCCUAGUUUGAAAUCCAGCAAUGUAUAGCCACUCCAAGCUUCCCUACCAUUUCUAUUUACUAAAGCUAAUAUGGCACUCCUGUCUGCAAAUGCUGGUGAUACGGCAGGCCACCACGAUGUGUUUUUCUCAAGGCUGGAUCACAAGAA